CUCAGCCAGGGAUGGUUAUGGCUUUGGGGGGUGGGAAAGGGAGUAUGAUUUGUAUGGUGGGCAAGAUGAACAGGCAUAUCCGAAUGACAUGCAAUUUUUCCCCAUAAGCAGGCAAUGGGUGAGGGGGGGGGAGGUCUAGUCAGUGGGAGGAUUAUAGGCACAAUGGUAAUGGGAUGCCGAGUUUCUAUUUCAGAAAUAGAGAAGAGGAGGAGAGCUGGCGGCAAUGGAGGAAGGAAAAAGAAAUGAGGAUGGAAGAAGCAGGACCUUCUCGGAGACAUAGAAGUGGAACGGGGCAAGCGGCACAGAAGGAGGUGGCGGUUUCACAGGAAGUAAGAGCGGCAGGAGGGGUCAGAGAUGCAUCUGUUGCAGGGGGUACAACUCCUUGCAGAAUCGUGGUCAUAGGCCAUUCAUUUGUUUAUUGGGCAAGCAGACAUGCAGCAGGGCAAGAAUGGGGGUUACCGGAGGAAAACAUGAAGACUGCAUGGCUGGGCUGGAGAGGUAUGAGGUGGGAACAAUUGAAAGGUAGGUUGGUCUCUACCCUCCGACAAUGUGAAUUUGUUGAUCUGCUAGUGAUACAUGCAGGAGGAAAUGACUUGACAGUAGGAAAGACUCCAGCACUAAUAGAGGCCAUGAGACAAGAUAUGGAGGAGGUGAUAGGAAACCCGAAGGUGGGGAAGAUAGCAUGGUCGGACAUUAUACAAAGGGGAGAAUGGAGAGGAGCAAUUGACCCUAAAGGUGUGGAGAAAGCAAGGAAGAAAGUAAACAGAGCCAUGCACAAAAUCAUGUAUUCCUCCGGUAAUGGGAUAAUAAGGCAUGAGAAUAUAAAAUACAAGCAAAGAGGUCUUUAUAGAUACGAUAGAGUGCAUUUAUCACGAGAGGGUUUGGAUUUGUUUUUGAAAAACAUUGGUAAUUUUGUGGAGGAAUGGUGGAGGUCACGGGCCAGAUAGGUGGGCCAUGGAAAAAGGAUAGUAGGCACCCUUCCCUAUUUUUCCAGUGGGUGGCGUCAGCACGGCUCCGGAAAUGGUGAGAUUUACAGUGCAGGCCUACCCUUGGAGAGUCACUAGCGUGGAUCAGACUGAGACUGCACAGUCUUGUCUGAGUUCAGCUGAGAGGCUGGGUUAGCGCCACUAUUGCACAUGAUAGGGAGCAAGAGGAUGGGUAACCGUAGGUCACAGAGUGCGUUUUGCCCUGAAUCUCUGCUCCCUGUAAGUCGGUAAAGGUAUGGGCGGAGGCCCAGAGGAAAUGAUAGGAGCCGCAGCUGUGGGUCAGGGGUGCCUAGUCCUUUGGUGAAUUUGUAAAUAAAGAACGUGACCUCCACAGAUUUUGCCACUAUUCAUGUGUUUGUGUUUUUAUUUAAUUGAAAUGUUAUGAUUCAGUUAAGGUAAAGUUAAAAGAAGGGAGUAGGGGGAUCCUUAGCCUA